CCCGCCGCGCCGCGCCCCCCGCCUCGCCCCGAUGAGUAACUCGCGGAAUAACCGGGUGAUGGUGGAGGGCGUCGGGGCCCGGGUGGUGCGGGGCCCCGACUGGAAGUGGGGCAAGCAGGACGGCGGCGAGGGCCACGUGGGCACCGUGCGCAGCUUCGAGAGCCCCGAGGAGGUGGUGGUGGUCUGGGACAACGGCACGGCCGCCAACUACCGCUGCUCCGGGGCCUACGACCUCCGCAUCCUCGACAGCGCGCCCACCGGCAUUAAGCACGACGGAACCAUGUGCGACACUUGCCGCCAGCAGCCAAUCAUUGGGAUCCGGUGGAAAUGUGCCGAGUGCACCAAUUAUGAUUUGUGUACAGUCUGUUAUCACGGGGACAAGCAUCACUUAAGGCAUCGUUUUUAUCGAAUCACCACUCCAGGCAGCGAAAGGGUGCUCUUAGAAUCUCGUCGAAAAUCAAAGAAAAUCACCGCCAGAGGAAUCUUCGCCGGUGCCAGGGUGGUGCGAGGGGUAGAUUGGCAAUGGGAAGACCAAGAUGGUGGCAACGGGCGUAGAGGAAAGGUAACAGAAAUUCAGGACUGGAGUGCCUCAAGCCCACACAGUGCAGCUUAUGUUCUGUGGGAUAAUGGUGCUAAGAAUCUUUACAGAGUUGGCUUUGAGGGCAUGUCUGACCUGAAAUGUGUCCAGGAUGCCAAAGGAGGUUCUUUCUACCGAGACCACUGCCCUGUUCUAGGUGAGCAGAAUGGUAACCGAAAUCCUGGUGGGCUUCAGAUUGGUGAUCUAGUGAACAUAGAUCUCGAUCUGGAAAUUGUCCAGUCUUUACAGCAUGGUCACGGAGGAUGGACUGACGGCAUGUUUGAGACUCUAACCACGACCGGCACAGUUUGUGGCAUUGACGAAGAUCACGACAUUGUAGUGCAGUACCCGAGCGGCAACAGGUGGACCUUCAAUCCAGCUGUUCUCACUAAAGCCAACGUGGUCCGAAGCGGGGACGCUGCUCAGGGGGCCGAAGGGGGCAGUUCACAAUUUCAAGUUGGCGACCUUGUACAAGUUUGUUACGAUCUAGAACGAAUUAAGCUUCUGCAAAGAGGCCAUGGCGAGUGGGCGGAAGCUAUGCUGCCUACCUUAGGAAAAGUUGGCCGGGUUCAGCAGAUAUAUUCUGACAGCGAUCUGAAGGUGGAAGUUUGUGGAACCUCUUGGACGUACAAUCCGGCAGCGGUUUCCAAGGUGGCGUCGGCAGGAUCGGCGAUUAGCAACGCAUCUGGGGAGAGACUGUCCCAACUCCUGAAGAAGCUGUUUGAAACCCAAGAAUCGGGGGACCUCAAUGAAGAGCUAGUCAAAGCUGCUGCCAAUGGGGAUGUGGCUAAAGUAGAAGACUUGCUGAAGAGACCAGACGUGGACGUGAACGGACAGUGCGCUGGCCAUACGGCCAUGCAAGCUGCAAGUCAGAACGGACACGUUGACAUCUUGAAGUUACUCCUGAAGCAGAACGUGGAUGUGGAAGCAGAGGAUAAAGAUGGAGACAGAGCCGUCCAUCACGCGGCUUUUGGAGACGAAGGCGCUGUGAUCGAGGUGCUUCAUAGAGGGAGUGCAGAUCUGAAUGCCCGUAACAAGCGCAGGCAGACCCCGCUUCAUAUCGCCGUCAAUAAAGGCCACCUCCAAGUCGUGAAGACUCUGUUGGAUUUUGGCUGCCACCCCAGUCUGCAGGACUCGGAAGGCGAUACUCCCCUCCACGACGCAAUAAGUAAAAAGCGGGAUGAUAUCCUGGCAGUCCUGUUAGAAGCCGGGGCGGACGUUACCAUUACCAAUAAUAACGGAUUCAACGCCCUCCACCACGCCGCGCUACGAGGAAACCCCAGUGCGAUGCGGGUGUUACUGUCCAAACUCCCCCGACCGUGGAUCGUCGAUGAAAAGAAGGACGACGGCUACACCGCUUUGCAUUUAGCAGCGCUCAACAAUCACGUGGAAGUGGCCGAACUGCUGGUGCAUCAGGGCAGCGCCAAUCUGGACAUUCAGAACGUAAACCAGCAAACGGCACUACACCUUGCCGUGGAAAGACAGCACACCCAAAUCGUGAGGCUCUUGGUCCGAGCAGGUGCCAAACUGGAUAUUCAGGAUAAAGAUGGGGAUACUCCCUUACACGAGGCCCUGCGGCAUCAUACUCUGUCGCAGCUCCGCCAGCUCCAAGACAUGCAAGACGUGGGAAAGGUAGACGCAGCCUGGGAGCCAUCCAAGAACACGUUAAUCAUGGGGCUUGGGACCCAGGGGGCGGAGAAGAAGAGUGCAGCAUCUAUUGCCUGCUUCCUCGCAGCCAACGGUGCAGACCUCGGUAUUCGGAAUAAAAAGGGGCAGUCUCCUCUCGACCUCUGCCCGGAUCCCAGCCUCUGCAAAGCCUUGGCAAAAUGUCACAAAGAAAAAGUCAGCGGUCAAGUGGGUUCCCGAAGUCCUUCCAUGAUCAGCAACGACUCCGAAACCUUAGAAGAGUGCAUGGUGUGUUCCGACAUGAAGCGAGAUACUCUUUUUGGACCAUGUGGACAUAUUGCUACGUGUUCUCUGUGUUCUCCGCGAGUCAAGAAAUGCCUCAUCUGUAAAGAGCAAGUUCAGUCCAGAACUAAGAUUGAAGAAUGCGUGGUGUGCUCUGACAAGAAAGCCGCAGUGCUUUUCCAACCUUGUGGCCAUAUGUGCGCUUGUGAGAAUUGUGCUAACUUGAUGAAGAAAUGUGUGCAGUGCCGGGCCGUGGUCGAACGGAGACUGCCUUUCAUUAUGUGCUGUGGAGGGAAAGGUUCGGAAGACGCCACGGACGAUAUUUCAAGUGGAAACAUUCCAGUUUUACAGAAAGAUAAGGACAACACUAACGUCAAUGCCGAUGUCCAGAAACUGCAGCAACAGUUACAAGACAUCAAAGAGCAGACGAUGUGCCCCGUGUGUCUGGAUCGCCUGAAGAAUAUGAUCUUCCUCUGCGGCCACGGGACCUGCCAGCUUUGUGGAGACCGGAUGAGCGAAUGCCCCAUCUGCCGCAAAGCCAUCGAACGCAGGAUCCUCUUGUAUUAAGCCCAGACCCCACGGGGGUUGGUAAUAAUGAAACCAUGUCCGAGGAUUUGGUCAUUAGAACUUAAUGAGCCUACAGAGCCGUGGGCGGUUCAAAUGAGUUUAUUUCUAAUGCAGCAGCACGUGUGUGCCAGGUUGUAAUUGCUCGAAGACUGAGAACGCACCCCAAACCCGACAAGCUACGAAGCAGUAUUCGGACAGUCUAGUUUCGAACAUCGCUUGACCAGGCCAGCUAACCCUUGUUUAAUUUAAAGCAGUUUUUCCACCACCACCAUCUGACAAAACCUCUUUGUAAGGGGACACUCUUCUCUAUUUUUUUCCUUGAUUUUUUUCUUUUUAUGUUACCAUGAUGUCUUCUUUUAUAUUACAUAAAAUCUCAAACAGCGAAUGACGUUCUUUUUCGUGCUGUCAGCGAUUGUCUUGUACAGGUCUCUGGACCUCAAUUUCAUUUUUCUCAUUGGUGCCCGGUGAGCGGAACAUAAAAUCAUGCCCGUUAA